AUGAAUGAAAACUGUAUGGAUGAUGGUGCUAUCAGAGUUACGCAUUCAUUUACACAACAAGAUAUUCAAGUCGAUAAUGUGCAAAAUGAGAACUCAACACAAAAUCAGACUAGUGCAACAAAAUCUGUCGGUGUUACUAAGAAAAUGAAGAAGUUGCCAAUGACUCCAACAGCUUUGAAACAUUCGUGUUGGUCAAGACAUCGAACUGCAACAGCUGUGGGUAUAUUUGCUCUCUUCACAAGUCUAGCAAUGAUUGUUAGUAUAUUGGUGGUUUGCUUCACCUCACCGAAAGCAAAAGUUCAACAGUGUAAACUGAAAUUCAUACAAACUCCUCAAAACCCAAUUGACUAUAACCUUGGUCUUCGCUCUGCUGCCCUUGGCAAUUUCGAUGAUGACGAGUUGUUCGAUGCUGUUGUUGCCAAUCAUCUCGUUGAUAGUAUAUCUGUAUUUCUUGGAUAUAAUAAUAGUGUUUUUUCAAGUAAUAUGACGUAUUCGACCGGUUUACAUUCUGCUCCAUACAUGGUAGCCAUCGGUGAUUUUAACAACGAUCACCACACGGAUAUUGCUGUUGCAUAUUUCGGUACUAACAGCAUUGGUAUAUUUCUCGGAUUUGGAAACGGUUCUUUUACUAAUACAACAGUAAUUUCAACUGGUUCAUCUCGUCCAAUCUGGAUACAUCUAGUUGAUCUCGAUAAUGACAGAUCACUCGAUAUCGUUACAGCUAAUUAUGGAACUGAUAGUAUUAGCAUAUUUUAUGGAUCUGGAGAUGGACGUUUUGCAUAUUCGAUGACAAAUUCAACCGGCUAUGAUUCUUCGCCAUUCUCGGUCAUCAGUGCGGAUUUUAACAAUGAUAAUCAUUUAGAUCUUGCUAUUGCCAAUUAUGGUACAAAUAAUAUAGCUAUAAUUAUUGCAAAUGGUAGCAGAACCUUUUUACAUCAACAGUUACUUUCAACUGGAAUUAAUUCCCAUCCAUAUUCACUCAUCAUUGGUCAUUUUAAUGAUGACAGUUUAUUAGAUAUUGCUGUCUCUAAUCAUGGAACUAACAAUGUCGGUGUAUUUCUAGGUGACAACAACGGCAAUUUUACCAGUCAAACAACAUACUCGCUUAAUACUUCUUCACCAUAUUCUAUUGAUCUUGGUGAUCUCAACAAAGACAAUCGACUGGAUUUAGUCGUCGGUAAUAAGGGUACUAAUAACAUAGGUGUAUUACUAGGACUUGGCAACGGCAGUUUCUCUGAACCAACAAUGUAUUCAACUGGUUCUGCUUCUUCAACCACAGUUGCUGUAGUUGAUUUCAAUAAAGACAAUCUACUAGAUGUUAUUAUCAUUAGCAAUGAUACUGACAAUAUAGGUAUCCUCUUUGGUUAUGAUGAAGGCUUUCAACCACAAACUACGUAUUCAGCUGGCACUUAUCCAUCUUCUGUAGCUGUUGGUGAUUUCAACAAUGACAAUCGACUGGAUAUCGUCGUUACCAAUCUAGAUGAUAACACUAUAAGUGUACUUCUCGGUUAUGGCAAUGGUUCUUUUACCAAUCAAACUACAUAUUCAACUGGUCCUCGGCCAUCUCGUGUAGCUGUUGGUGAUUUCAAUAAUGACACUCGACUGGAUAUCGUUGUUGCCAAUCAGGGUGACAACACUACAAGUGUACUUCUCGGAUACGGUAAUGGUUCUUUUACAAAUCAAACUGCCUAUUCAACUGGCCAUCUGCCAUCUUCUAUAGCUGUUACUGAUUUCAACAAGGACACUCGAUUGGAUAUCGUCGUUACCAAUCUAGAUGACAACACUACAAGUGUACUUCUCGGUUAUGGCAAUGGUUCUUUUGCAAAUCAAACUACAUAUCCAACUGGUUCUUCACCAUCUUCUGUAGCUGUUGGUGAUUUCAACACUGACACUCUACUUGAUAUCGCCGUUGCCAAUCAGGGUGACAAGACCGUAAGUGUACUUCUCGGAUAUGACAAUGGUUCUUUUGCAAAUCAAAAUACCUAUUCAGCUGGCUUUGUUCCAUCUUAUGUAGCUGUUGGUGAUUUCAACAAUGACACACGCCUGGAUAUCGUCGUUACUAACUAUGGUGACAACACUGUAAGUGUACUUCUCGGAUAUGGCAAUGGUUCUUUUGCAAAUCAAACUACAUAUUCAGCUGGUAUUAAGCCAUCUUCUAUAGUUGUCGAUGAUUUCAACAAUGACACUCGACUGGAUAUCGUCGUUACUAAUUUCGAUGACAGCACUGUAAAUGUACUUUUCGGAUAUGGCAAUGGUACUUUCGCAAAUAAAAUUAAGUAUUCAACUGGUCCUCGGCCAUCUUCUGUAGCUGUUGGUGAUUUCAACAAUGACACUCGGCUAGAUAUUAUUGUUGCUAAUGAGCUUAACAACACUGUAAGUGUAUUGCUUCAUUAUAGUAAAGGAUCUUUAGGAAACGAAAUAAGAUUUGCAUCUGGUGGUAGUUCUCGUCUACAAUAUAUUGCUAUUGAUGAUUUUAACAAUGAUACGAUGUUGGAUCUUGUCGUCGUUAAUUAUGGCACUAAUGAUAUAGGUGUACUUCUUGGAAGUGGUAGUGGAUCAUUCUCAGAGCAGAAAACUUUUCCAACAGGCUCAAAUCCAGAUUCACUUGCCAUAAGUGAUUUCAAUAACGAUGGUCAUAAGGAUUUUGCUAUAGCUAAUUAUGGUUCUAAAAACAUUGAUAUGCUUGUUGGAAAUGGAAAGGGAACAUUUACACGUCAAGUAACUGAUGGAUCUAGCUUGUCUUUCGCUCCGGUAGUUGUUACUGCUGGUGACUUCAACACUGAUGGACAAUCAGAAGUUAUUGUUGCAUAUGAUAAUACUGAUAAUAUAGAUAUAUUUGUUGCAUUUGAUACUGGUGCUUUUACCAAUCAAAUUACGUAUUCAACUGGCUCUGGACCCUUUUCUGUAGCUCUUGGUGAUUUCGACAAUGACACUCGACUGGAUAUCGUCGUUGCUAAUCUCGGUGACAACACUAUAAGUGUACGUCUCGGAUAUGGUAAUGGUUCUUUUACAAAUCAAACUACAUAUUCAACUGGCGCUGAGCCACGUUUUGUAGCUGUUGGUGAUUUCAACAACGAUAUGCAACUAGAUAUCGUGGUUAUUAAUAGAGUUGACAACACUGUAAGUAUACGUCUGGGAUAUGGCAAUGGUUCAUUUGCAAAUCAAACUACGUAUUCAACUGGCUUUAGGCCGGUUUCUGUAGCUGUUGGUGAUUUCAAUAAUGACACUCGACUGGAUAUCGCCGUUGCUAAUUAUUAUGACAGCACUAUAAGUAUACUUCUCGGAUAUGGCAAUGGUUCAUUUGAAAAUCAAACUACGUAUCCAACUGACUUACUGCCAAAUUUUGUCGCUGUUGGUGAUUUCGACAAUGACAGUCGGCUUGAUAUCGUCGUUACUAGUUAUUUUGGCAACACUGUAGGUGUAUUUCUCGGAUAUGGUAAUGGUUCUUUUACAAAUCAAACUACAUAUCCAACUGGGUAUGAGCCAACUUCUGUUGCUGUUGGUGAUUUCAAUAAUGACACUCUACUGGAUAUCGUCGUUACUAAUAAUAUUGGCAACACUGUAGGUGUAUUUCUCGGAUAUGGCAAUGGUUCUUUUACCAAUCAAACUACAUAUUCAACCGACGCUGAGCCAUUUGUUGUAGCUGUUGGUGAUUUCAACAAUGACACUCGACUGGAUAUCGUUGUUGUUAAUUACGUUGGCCAUACUGUAAGUAUACUUCUCGGAUAUGGCAAUGGUUCUUUUGCAGAUCAAACUACAUAUUCAACUGGCUCUUGGCCAACUUCUAUAGCUAUUGGUGAUGUCAACAAUGACACACGACUGGAUAUCGUCGUUACCAAUUCAAACGACAACACUUCAAGUAUAUUUCUUGGUUAUGUGAAUAAGGUUUUUCAAUACCAAAUGACACUUAUGACUGGUAACAAGUCUGUUCCGCGAUCAUUAAUCGUUGUCGAUUUCAACAAUGACACUUAUAUGGAUAUUGCUGUCGCGAAUUCAGGCACCAAUAAUAUUGGUAUUUUUCUAGGAUUUGGUAAUAGUUCUUUUUUAAAUCAAAUAACAUUUGCAACUGGCUCUGGUCCAUGGUCUUUAGCUGUUGCUGAUUUAAACAACGAUAGUCGAUUAGAUAUUAUUGUGAGUAAUAUUAAUGAUAGUAAUAUCAGUGUGUUUCUUGGUUCUGGUAACGGAUCUUUUGCAAAUCAAACAAUAUAUUCAACUGGUAGUGAUUCUGAACCAUACUCAGUUGCCAUUGGUGAUUUUAAUAAUGACGCUUUAUUAGAUAUUAUUGUCGCCAAUUACCGUGCUGGUAAUGUAGUUAUAUUGUUUGGAUCUGGUGGUGGUAGAUUUACAGAUUCAAAAGUAUAUUUAGUUAGUUAUGGAUCUUUUCCGUUUUUCGUUGUUGUUGGUGAUUUCAACAAUGAUACAAAAUUAGAUUUUGCGGUUGCUAACUAUGGUACUGACAAUUUAAAGGUUUUAUUACAGACUUGUUAA